AGGUUGGACCAAUUGAUAGAGUAAAGGAAAAUCCAAAAACAACGUCUUAUUGAAUAUGGAUGAAAGAACGAGAAUCUGAAACCAAAACACCCCAAAAGGAAGAAUGAUCUUCCGUCAGCUAAAAAUUAAGUACACUUGAACUUGAUAGUAUAGUCCUUUUGGUAACGUUAGGAACGUUGAUAUGUGAUGCAGAGAUCAUAUGCAAAUGGCAGCAACAUUGAUUAUGACACGCGCUCAGCACGGUCUGCUUCUCCUCCUGCGCCACCAGCUGAUUCUUCUAUGCCCCCUCAUCCGAAGUCAUACAUGGAUAUAAUGUCUAUGAUUCAGAGAGGAGAGAAGCCUUCAAACAUUCGGGAGAUUAACGACAUGCCACCCAAUCCGAACCAACAGCUAUCAAAUCCUCGCAUCGCUCCUAAAAAUAAGCCAUGGGAGUACGGUCAAGCGCCCCAAGACGAGAGUUCCAAUGGUCCAUGGUGGCAACAGAAAAACCCUAGCUCCACGGACUUUGGCUAUGAGACAACAGCGUCCAGGUCCAUCGGUAUCCAAAAUGAAACAAACACAAUGGAACCAGCAGCUCUCCCAAGGCAGCGAUCGUGGGUUCCUCCACAACCACCUCCAGUUGUUAUGCCAGAAGCAGCUGAGGCCAUUCGCCGUCCUAAGCCGCCACAAGCUAAGAUAGACCAAGAAGCAGCUCCUAGGGAUGACCAGUCAGGUGUGAGCGACGAGUUACAGAAGAUCACUAAGUUUUCUGAAUCUGGUGGUGAUGGAUCAGGAAACUUGUUGAUCACAGAGAUCCAAGAAGAAACAGAGCAGCAACAAUUCAGCCAAGAAGGAAACUAAAAUGAUAUUUGUGUUUCUUGAUACAAAAAUACGUUAUAUUGGGGUUUGCUUGUAAGAGAACAUGUACUUAGGUGUUGGGAUUUACCACCUACCUCGAUUUAAUAAUAGUUAUUAGAAGGAAACAAGUCAAGCCUUGAUUCACAAGUAACUUCAUUCA